UGUAACCAAAUUCAGAUAAAGAAGAAGAAGUUAUGUGGGCGGGACGACCAAAAAUGAAAACAUCAGAGAACUCAAAAACAUGCUCUAAAAUGCUGAAAUUGCAUUCUCUAAAUAAUUUCAGAUGACAUUUAGGCAUAUAAUAGAAAGGCAAAGAUGAGUUCGUUUGCAGGUCGAAUGAAAGAAUAUUCGAAAAUUUCUUUGGAUAGGUUUGAUCGGGAGAAUAUACAUGCCCGGGCAUAUUUCCUCUCCCACUGCCAUAAAGAUCAUAUGAAAGGACUCAAAGGACCACUGCUCAAGAGAAAGCUACAGUCUAGUCGCACAGUCCGGCUGUACUGCUCAUUUGUGACCAAGGAACUUUUAUUGAGCAAUCCAAAAUAUUCAUUUUGGGAGGACUAUAUUGUACCUUUGGAGUUGGAAAGUCCAACUCAAAUUUCCUUAGUGGAUGAAGCAUCAGGGGAGAAAGAAGACAUUGUGGUAACAUUGCUUCCUGCUGGUCACUGUCCUGGCUCUGUCAUGUUCCUUUUUGAAGGUUGCCAAGGAAAUGUAUUAUACACAGGGGACUUCAGGUUAGCAAUAGGAGAUGCUUCAAGGAUUGAAUAUUUGCAUUCUGGCAGUAGGGUCAAAGAGAUCCAGAGUGUAUAUGUGGAUUCUACUUUUUAUGACCCACGAUACUAUCAAAUCCCAUCACGGGAUGUCUGCCUGAAUGGUAUUUUAGAGCUGGUUGGAAACUGGAUCAGUCAAAGUCCAUAUCAUGUUGUGUGGCUUAACUGUAAAGCUGCUUAUGGAUAUGAAUAUCUAUUCACCAACUUGGGGGAGGAGUUCAAAACCCAGAUCCAUAUCAACAAUUUAGCAAUGUUUAAAAAAAUGCCUGAAAUACUCAACUAUGUGACCACUGACACCAAGACUCAAAUCCAUGCCUGUCGACACCCAAAGGAUGAGGAGUUUUUUCAAGGGAACCGCUUGCCCUGUGGAUGCACAGCUGCUGAUGGAACUCCCCUCCAGAUCAUAAGCAUCAAACCGUCAACCAUUUGGUUUGGAGAAAGGAGCAAAAAAACAAAUGUUAUAAUAAAAACGGGAGCUAGUUCUUUCAGAGCCUGUUUCAGUUUCCAUUCUUCAUAUUCUGAGAUUAAGGAAUUCUUACUGUAUCUCAAACCAAUCAAUAUCUAUCCUAAUGUCAUUCCUAUUGGCAAGACACUGACUGAGGUCACCCACUUGUUGAAUCAAAUGUGCCGACAGCAGUCGAAUCCUGAGGCAUUUAUAUACAAGCCUUUGGGUGUUCUCAAACGCACUAGAAUGGAACAGGCUUUCUGUGAUUCAGACAAUGAUGAUGGCUUGUUUGAUGGACUAGACCUGGCUCCAGUGAGAAAGAAAACACCCAUGCAGCCAGAAAUAUUCCAUGAUAAAAACUCUGUAAUACAACAAACUGAGAACACUUAUGAGUCUGUUACUGAAGACAAGUUGCUGUCACAUAACUACCUUGAUUGCACUGAGUCCAAUAGUGAAGAAGAGGGUGAUGAGGAAGAAGAGGAGGACGUAGGAAAGGGCGACAUGUCCCUUGUAAUGGAGGAAGUCAAAUUAGAGGAGAAAAAGGACCAAAUAUCUUCACAUGAUCCUCCAAAAUGGGAGGACUUUUAUACCUCAAGUUUGCUGACUGACAGCCAGUUAAGCCAGUCACAGUCUGGCUGCUCAUCUUCCACUCGAUUGUCAGAUUCACAAACACCUGAAUUGUUCAGUGACGAAACUGAUGAAGAACAAACGUCAGACUCCAGUGAAAGCCAAGAGAGUCUAUCAGCAUCUAUGUCCAAUCACUCAUCACAGAACCAGAAUUCAACUGUAUCUGACACAGUAAUUCUGCAGCCAGGCCAAAGUCACCUCAUAUUCACAGAGACUGAGACUGAGAUCCACCGGGACUCGAUGGACCUUCCAGACUCACAAACCUCAUCAGACUUCGACAUUCCUUGCACACCGGAUUCCAAGAUACCAGGGUCUCAAGAGCUGCGAGAGCUGUACAGGAAGCUAGCCUCCGGAGAAGAUGUGUUACGUCAGAAAUGAACUCACAAUACAAACCAAAGCAUGCAGUUUUAUACUCAGCCACAUACAUUCUUUAUGGUCUAUAUUUUGGCUACAAUAUGUUUAUCAUUAAUACUGUAUAAAUUCAAGAACAUUUUCACUGUGUUAGAACUGCUAUUUGCAGUGGUCUUUGUUGGAGAGAGUGACACAUCCUCAAAAAACAAAACAAAAAGUUUUACACAUGCAUCAUUCCAUUCCGUUCCAUUUUAAAGCAUGCCUUCAUUUAAACUGUUCAGACCUUGGUGUAUAAAGAAACUAUGCAUUUUAUGUUCUACUA